CCAAAUAAUUAGGGAUUUAUACUGUUUUUAUUAAAAAUACAAAAAAACCCCGUGUUAUUUGCGAUUAAUAAGCCAGUAAGAGGCGAUAACAUUUCGGACUCUAGGGUGGGCGGUCAAUAUUUUUCAACAGGGGCCUUGUCACACUGUUAUUUAUUAUUAUAAACAAUUUUGUUUAUCAGCGGUUUACAGGCAUAGUGUUAUUUAUAUUUGACUUGACUUAUUACCGCUGGAGUUGCUAAUAAGGUUGCAGGUAGCCACAGUCACAUAUAUGAAGCCUAUUAUAAUCUGGUGGACCCAAACGGGUUCGGUACAGUGGGAGGUAUGGAGGCGGCCAGGUUCCUAAAAAGGUCCGGCCUAAGUGACAUAGUCCUGUCCAGAAUCUGGGAUUUGUCAGAUCCGGGUGGAAGGGGCAGUUUGGACAAGGCGGGGAUGUUUGUUGCUCUAAAGUUAGUCGCUUUGGUACAGAACGGGAAGGAUUUGAGUAUUAAGCAUGUGAACGAUGAUGUUCCACCACCAAAAAUGGGCGACAUACCUUUACCCAAAACAAAACCGCCCUUGCCCACUACCACCCCCUUGAUCACCUCUUUACCACCCUCAGCAGUAGAUUGGACCAUAAAACCAACCGAGAGGGAAAAGUAUGACAAACUAUUCGACUCCUUACAGCCCACAAACGGAGUUAUUCCGGGAAACAAGGUCAAAAACGUCCUGAUGGAGUCAAAACUGCCCUUUGACACAUUGGGCAAGAUAUGGGAGUUAGCGGACCAAGACAAGGAUGGUAUGUUAAACAGGCAUGAGUUUGUUGUGGCGAUGCAUUUAGUAUAUAAAGCUUUGGAAAAAUACGCGAUCCCGAACACUUUACCCCCAGAACUGGCCCCACCGUUAAAAAGGAAAGACUCCAGUCCGCCAUCGGUGCAACCGAAUUUAAUUAGUAGUCGACCCUUGGAUAUUGUUAAACCGGAAGUCCCUCCGCCACCCAUUAUACCAGCGGUGAAACCGGUUCAGUCUGUCCAACCGACUAUUCCCUGGGUGGUUAGUGCCGAUGAAAAAGCCAAAUCUGACAUGUUGUUCGUUAAAAGUGACGUGGAUAAGGACGGGUUCGUUUCCGGGGGGGAGAUUAAGGACGUUUUUUUGCGUAGUGGGGUGCCCCAGCACGUUUUGGCUCAUAUUUGGGCCUUGUGCGACAUAAAACAAACCGGAAAACUAAAUAACGAGCAGUUCGCGUUGGCGAUGUGGUUCGUAGCACGCUGCCUAAAAGGCGUAGAACCACCUCCAGCACUCACCCCGGAAAUGGUACCGCCCACUUUUAGAACCGGUAAAGCUGCCUCAGAAGGAUUAGUGGAAAACAACAACACGAGAUACUCGAACCCGGAACUGGACAUGAUCAGUAAAGACAUCGAGGUGUUGGCCAAGGAACGACUGGCCUUAGAGAGCGAUAUCGCCCAAAAAGAGGCGGACAUCAAGAUAAAAAGUGGAGAAAUUAAAAAUUUACAAAGUGAACUGGACACUUUGGCUGCCACCUUGAAACAAUUGGAAAACCAAAAAGGCGAGGCCCAAAAACGAUUGAACGACCUUAAGGCGCAGAAGGGCACGCUAGAGUUAGAACACGCAGCUAUUGACAAAGAACUCGGUUUGGCCACGGAACAGGUGGACAAACUGAGAGCACAAGCGAACGAACAAGCGGAACUGGUGGCCACCCAAGAGACCGAACUGAAGAGCAAAAAAGAGCAACUGGACGGUCUCAGGCAGGAGGAGCAGACGCUGGAGAACCAGAAGAACGACUACCUGAAGAAACUCGAGUCGCUCACGAGCAAUUUGCAGGAGACCCAAUUGAACAUAAGCCAGGUGAAGGCUCUCACCACCCAGUUACAGGAACAGACCCGGCAAAUUAACGACGCGAUCGUUUUAUGUGAGAACGCGAUCGAAAUGGGAGACGCGAGUCAGGUGCCCGAGCAGGCGUUGAGGAUCGCCGCGGAUUUCCAGGAGUAUUCCCGAUUGGCGGCAGACGGGGAGAAUAAGGAGAACGAUCCGUUCGGUAGACAAAACGGGUCGAACAGUGGGUUCGAUGACGAUCCUUUUCAAAACGAUCCGUUUAGAAGCAAAAGUGCCUCCUCAAUCGCCAACGACCCGUUUAACGAGUCUUUUAACAGCAAAAUCUCAAAUGGUGGUUUUCCCUCGGACCCGUUCAGUUCCUUCAACAGCACCCAACCGGACCCGUUUGCCAGCAGCAAUUUCGAUAAAAAUCCCGAAACACUUUCAGAGGUGGGCAAAGACCCGUUCGGAUGCGACCCGUUCGCGGUCCUACACGCGCCGACCCGCGACUCGGUGGCGGGCGACACCGCCCCCGGACGACCCGCCAGCCCCAGUCCCGCCUUGCCGCCCAAAAAGAGCAAACAGCCGCCCCCGAGACCAGCGCCUCCGCGUCCCGCCGUGCCGCCCGCCCCCAAAAAACAGGACGCCUUCGGGAGCGAACCGUUCGACGCGGUGCCGCCGCCCGCUACGGGAGGCGGUUUCGCCGAUUUUUCCAAUUUUGAAGCUAAGUGUGCGUAUAGUAGCGCAAUUGUAGAUGUUACGAUCCCCCCAUCCCGGCCCGUAGAACCUUGUUCUGGUCCUUUUCCUUAUUGUUCUACACCGAUUUGGAGCCCGCAUGUUAGUUCUUUAUCAGCGAAACCGGCGGCGCCACCCCCGAAACUCGCGGACUUUGCAGACGAUCCGUUCAAGGAUUACCGCUACGAGGAUCCGUUCAACAUUAAAUUCGACGAAGAAGAAGAAGAAAAGGAUGAAGAAACACAACGCAAUAAAAACAAUAAAUCCAAAGACUCUCUGUUUCACACUUUCUCCGAGGAUAAGUUCGAUCCGUUCGGGUUGGAGGGGCGGCAAUCGGUGCCGCUGCCCGCCGCCCCCUUUGACGCGUUUAAGGGUAGCGGGCGGACGUCCGCCCCCCCGCUCACUUUGACGGAGGUGCAACAGAUGGCGUGGGCGGAACGGGAGAGUCUCAAGGCGGAAGAGGAGAGACGGAAACGGAGGGAGAUGGAGGACGCGGAGUUCGAGAUGGCGCUCAGGUUAAGUAAGAUCGACGGGAGUAAGUAGUGUGUGUUUUUUGUUUUUGUUUGUUUGUUGGUGAUGAUGAAGGUCUUAUUAACGCCUCUGAGUCGGUUUAGAUACGGGUUUCGCUCUUAAGUCAACUGUUUAAUUAUUUGUUUGUUUUAAAAUAACGGAUUUACAGGUCGAACAGGCCCGUCUACAAGGCAGGAAAUACACACAUAUACGGUGCAUCCCAAAAGUUACCUAUGUCUAAAUUCAUUUAAAAAUUCAGGGGUGUGUUCGAAAAAAAAAAACGCUCGGACCCGUCGAUUUUUAUUUCAAGUUGCGCAUUUUUGUACGUAAAGUUUGUAUAUACAGAGUUUCUUAAAAAUAAAUUACGACCAUCAAGUUAAUUUUUUCAAAUGAAAGCACCUUUUUUUUAUUUCAUCUUUGAAUUUCUCGUGGAAUUCUACGUAUGUUUCAUGCAUCAUGUCCUAUAGGGGAGACCGGGGACAAUUCAAAUAAUUUCCAAAUAUUUAUUUUUUUCUCUUAGAUAAAAUCAUAUUUACAGCUAAAAAAUUUUUUACAAGGACAUUUAUUAAUUGCAGAGACGGGGACAGUUUAAACACCAUUAAAAAUAAACAAAAUAUUUAUUUUAAUACUGAAAUAACAUUCAAUUUAGAAAUACGAAGAAAAAAACAUUGAUACAUAUAAUUUUUACACUAAAUUUGUCACUUUUCAAAUUAUUCACAUUUUACUGCCUGGACUUCUUGGGGGAUAUUUAACUGCAAAUUUUCGGGAGCAGGUCUGUCAGUUACAUAUGAUGGAGCAAAAUCUACAGCCGUAAAAAUAUCUCGAUUAAACGGCCAUAUACCAGUGCACUGGAAUCCAGCAACAAUAUUAGAUUCGGUUAAAACCAUAGAGGGACUCUGUUUAACGAUGCUGGGGAUGUCAUAAAUUGUCAUCGUUUUGCCUGGAUUGUUUCUCUUCCAAGAAUCGCAUGUUUAAUUUACAGCUUUUUUAAAUGGACCAUAAAUCGAUCCAAAGGUUGUAGUUUAUGUGAACAGUGUGGGGGAAAUGAGAGGACAACAAUGCCGUUUUCUUUGCAAAAGGCAAGGCAUUGUAUGCUUACAUGAGAUUGAUGGUUAUCGAUUAAAAGCAAAACUUUAUUUUCAAUUGAACUGUUGGUAUGUUUUUGAAAGUGUUUUAAGUAUAGCAAGAAUUCAUGUUCUUGCAUCCAUCCACUAGCAUUUCCUGCUCCAAUACACCCAGGUGAACCGUCACGAACGAAAUGAUCCUAAUAUCUUAAUCUUGGAAAGAUAAAGAUUGGUGGGAUGCCAUUUCCAACUGCAUUUACCGCUAUUGCCACUGUAACCAACCUGUCUAUUACCGUGGCAAGAUUGUCAAAGAAAAGUUGUACAUUUGUUGGGUUAAAACUGGUCGCUCUUGAAAAGCUUGUAGCCUGGGGACAACGAAUUAAUAGUUUCAUAAACCUGGAAAACCAAUCUUCUCCUGACAUUUAUGCGAACAGUAGGGUGGGAAAGAAAGCAUUACUAUUCCAUGAGUUUUACAAUAGUCUAGAGCUUCUAUACUAAUAUGGGAUGAGUGGUUAUCCAGUGUGAGUAGAACCUUAUGAGCGUUUGUGUUUUAAGAACAAGACGAACUCUUUUUCUUGCAUCUAUCCUGAUCCGUUUCCAGCCCCAAUACACCCUGGUGGACCAUCACGAAUAAAAUGAUCCUGAAACCGCAGUCGAGGCAAAAUAAACAUGGGCGGAAUCGAAUUGCCUAGUGCGUUUAUUGCCACCGUAACUGUUAUGAGUAUACCACGUUCUUGUGAGGUAAUUGCACCUACUUGUUUCAUGCCUCUUUUUGCUACAAUUCGAUUUGGUUUCUGGACUGUUGUCACACCAGUUUCGUCUACGUUGUAAAUAUCAUUUGCUUCAAAUUUGUCCGAUCCAGAUUAUUAAAAAGUACAGAAACAUUUGCACAAUUGAAGCUGGUUGCUUUGGCUAAGCUGGUUGCUUGUGGUGCUCUUAUUGAUAAGUCACGGUGUCUUGACAUAAAACCGGAAAACCAGUCUUCUCCUGCCAUGCCGUUUUUAAUCCAAGUGUCCGGUUUAUCUAUAUCAUAUUUAAUGGUUAAUUCUAACGCAAGUCUCCGAAUAUCUUUGGUUGACAGACCAUGAUAAAUGUCUGCAGCUUUUUUUAUGUACUUUACCAUUUCGGUUUCUUGAAGUUCAUUAAAAACUUUAUUUGCAGGUUUAUAGCUCAUUGUUUGGCAGGUUGACCUUCAGUAUUCCCCGUAGCUUCUUUCUUUCGCUUGUAUCUCAACAAAGACACAUGAGAGAUCCCAAAUUGGUCGGCAGCUAAGCGUAGAGAACUUCCAUUUUUGAGCUCUGCAUAUGCAGAUUCAUAUAAAGAUAUAUCUUGACUUGAACGAUCAGUUUUCGGGACUCUUUUAAGGGGCGUUUGAAAUGAAAUAAACUAAUUAAUUUACUAGAUUAAUGUCCUAACUAAUGAAAACCGACAAACUAACCAAAUACACAUGCGUAAGAAAUAUAGCAAAUACUUACUUUGGAUACGUGAAAACACAAAAUCUCGCACUAGGUACGUAUACUUUGUUUAAUGGCCUGCGGCGUACUGCCAGAAAAUGGUUGUCGAUAUUAUGGUCUAUAUUACGCACGCAAUUUGUUUCUAUCUUGUAGCGGAAGAAAGUUUUGAUUACCGUUUCAAUUGACCCGUGUUAGAAUUGACCCCAGUCUCCCCUAUGUUGAGUAAUUUUUGAAUUAUGGACAGUUUUUGAAUUUUUUAUGAAAUAAAAUCAUCCUGGAAUAAAAUAUUUUUUUCAAAAUUUUGAAUAUUUUUUUAAAAAAUCCUAAAACAGGUGUCUAAUCAAUUUAAAUGGAGAAUCUGUAUACGAAUUUUCAAAUGUGUAAGUUAAGUAGUUUUUGAGUUAUAAACAAUUUUUGGAAUUGUCAUGAAAAAAUUCAUGAAAUUCAGUUUCAGAAUACGCGACCAUAUUCAUCUCAUUUAUCUUAAUAGAAAUUUUUAAAAAAUCUCUUAAUUUCUUUAUAUCACACUGAACGCGAUAAAAUAUUCAUCUCAACAGUGAUUUAUUAGGAAAGUUUGCUGUCGCAUCAAAAUCAGAAUAUUAUAGUUUAUUUGGGUAACAGCCUUUUUUGGUUUCUAUUAGAUUAUUAUAGCAAGGGUAGAUGUGAUAACUUCGUUUUUUGGCCUAUUUUCUUAUUAAAAUGUGAUAAUGAUGAGUUAACUUUGAAUCUACCUAAUAUGCCAAAGCUUCUUUUGAUGUAAUUUGGUAGGAUUUAAUAUUUUUGGGCCAUUAAAAGUUUCAUUUAUUUCAUAUGCUUUUUCAAGAUCAUUAUUAACCUGUCGGUUAAUAAAAUAUUUCCUUAUAUUGCCCUGAAGAUGACCAUGAAAGCUAUGCAUUAAAACAAACUAUUGAGUCCUUACUUCAAAAUGCAAUCUCAUGAUGAUCUACUAACAAAGAACGAAACACGUGUAAAAGUUUUAUGAGCAAAACAUUUGCAGGGUGUCAAUUAAUUACUUAUUAAAGAGCGGUCCCUAAGUUCACACAAACUUGAUGAAUAGAAUGCGUUUUAUUUUUUAUUUUUUUUUACUAAAAAAUCCUGUAAACGUUUCGAAAUAUGUGCCAUCCUCAGACACGUUGUCAUUUAAGGCGUUAAUGCGACCCGAUCGUUUCUUCGUACGGAAUAGACUGUAUUAUAUUACCUCGGUAUUAAGAGCAAUUUCUAUAGAAUGUACAACUUUUCCGUUUUUUCUUACGAUGUGCGGAUAAAAUCCCACGCAUUUUUUAGGUUAAUGUUAGGUCGCGUGACGUCACGUUGUUAUACCAAAAAAAAAACAAUUGAUGUUAUUAUUAGUUGGACGUUAAGUAGUGCGCGUUUGUUUAUUCGUCAUUGGAAUUUUAAGGGUGAAAUUGGAAUUGUUAAGGACUAUUGUAGGGAGGUAAUAAAUGUCUAAAAUUGGUCCUUAAUAAACCAGUUUUCCCUUUGCUUAUUUGUGUUGUGCUUUAAGAGAAUGUUACACAACGAUUUCCUUGUUAAUUACAUAAUAUGUUUCCUUUAUAUAGUGUACCAGGCAGUUCGGGUGAGUUCGGUAAGUUUCGCCCUUUUUCGUUCUCAACUUACGAGAAAAACCGAGAUAUUGUUUGUUAUCCACUUUUAUUCCUCAACGUUUUGUCUCUUGAUUUUACCCCUGUGUGCUUUCCAUAAGGAUCCUAUGAGAGGAAGAGAGAAAAUAAAGGAGAGGUUUGGAUAUUUUCGGAAAAUCAAAAAUUUCUUAACUGCAUUCGGUUUUUACUGAGACACGUCAAACUUGACGAAUUUUAGAAAAAAAUGCACAGGGCCAUUACGCCCUCAGUCUGAACUAAAACAAAAUAACUACCCGUAAGUGUCAAUCGCUAUUUUGAAAUUUCCAACUGUCAUUUCCAAACCCAGGAAUCAACGCAAUAUUUUUGACAUACAUUUGACAGUUGUGACUAUAAAAAUGGCGGUUCGCGGCCAUCUUGAGAUUAAAGUUCAUUACGUUAUUGGUCACAAUCAAAACAUGAAGAGUGUUCCAAGGUUCUCAAAUCAUCGCUUGAGAUCAAAAUAAACUGUCAGUCGUCAUUUUUAAAUGUCAAACUAUCAUUUUCAACUCCGGGUGUCAACUUUUAUUCUUUGACGUAAACUUGACAGUUCUAGAUGUCAAUAUGGCGGCUUACAGUUAUCUUGAGAGUAAAUAGUAGAAGUUGCCCUUGACUAAGGUUAAAUGUAACAAAUUUGAAAAAUCACGAACGACUGCCAUUUUCGAAUAAAAAUUCAUCCAAAACAUGAAGAGUGAGAACCCACUUUUAAAGAAAAAACAAAAAAUUUCUAAGGUUCAAUCUCUUGGGAUCAAAACAAAAUGGCGACGUGUAAGAUCGCCAUUUUUAAAUUUCGAACUGUCAUUUUCAAAUAUCUCAAGGAAUCAAUAUUAUUCCUUUGACUUAAAUUUGACAGUUCUAACUGCCAAAAUAACGAGUGAAAGCCAUCUUGAAAAAAAUGAUUUCGUCAUUGGUCACAAACAUAGUGGUAAGGGGCGCUGUCAUUUUUUAAUUUCCAACUGUCACUGUCAGACCCAGGAAUCAAUAAUAAUUCUUUAACGAAAUGUGACAGUCCUGUCAAAAUGGUGGAUGAUAUGAGCUAUCUUGGACCAGGAAACUUAAAGGUGGCCGUGAUUUUUGAAUUUCAGGAAUCAUCAGUCAUUUUUUUACAUAAAUUUGACAAUUCUGUCAAAUUUGGCAGAAUUUUUGAAAGAAAAUUGGAUUUUGGUUAUUCUAAAUUUCUAUGAAAUAAAUUAUCUUGGAAUAAAAAAAAAAAUUUCGAAAUUUUGAUAUUUUUUAAAAAACCCUGAAAUAGGUGCCCAAUCAAUUUAAAUGGAGAAGGUUUGGAAUGUCGGAUGUCUUCGCAAAUUCAAAAGUUUUUCAACGGCAUUCGGUUUUUACGUCAAAUUUGACGUAUUUUAGAAAAAAAGCACAGGGCCAUUACGCCCUUAGUCCGAACUAAAACAAAAUGGCUACCUGUACCAAGUGUCAAUCGCCAUUUUGAAAUUUCCAACUGUCAUUUUUAAUUUCAGGAAUCAACACAAUACUUUUGACAGUUGUGGCUAUAAAAAUGGCGGUUCGCAGCCAUCUUGAUAUAAAGUUCAUUACGUCAUUGGUCAAAACAUGAAAAAUGAGUUUGUGAAUUAAAUCAAAGGAAAUUUUCAAGGUUCUUAGAUCAUCGCUUGAGAUCAAAAUAAAAUGGCGACGUGUAACUGUCAGUCGUCAUUUUUAAAUGUCGAACUGUCAUUUUCAAACUCAAAUCCUUUGACGUAAAUUCGACAGUUCUAACUGUCAGAAUGGCGGUUCACAGCCAUCUUGAGAUAAAAACAACCUUUGAUUUCAGUGUCUUUUGGAAAAAUCACAAAAGGCCAUCUUGUAAAAAAAUCGUUACGCUAUUUCUACAAAUCAAAACAAAAUGGCGACGUGCAGCUGUCAUUGUCACCCAGUUGCUCUUCAUUGCGAUUUUUCUCUCGUUAGAUAAUAUGACAUAUUGGACAAUUAUAAUAUCAUCAUGUUAUCGACUACAACCGAAACAAAAUGGCGAAGUCAAACUGUCAUUUUUCAAUUUCGAACUGUCAUUGCUAGACCUGGAAAUCUCAGUUGCACGUUUCAAAAUGGCGGAUGGCUGUCAUGUUGGAGAAAAUUUCCAGUAUUAUUACCUCAUCAAGGUCAAAACAAAAUGGCGACUUAUAACUACUGUCAUUUUUAAAUUUAAAACAUUUAUUUUCAGAUACAGAAAUUAAGAUUAAUUUUUCCACGUAAAUUUGACAGUUGUAACUGAUAAAAUGACAGGUGACAGACAUCUUGGAAAAAAUUCAUUACGUCAUCGGUCACAACUAAAUUCAAAUGACGAGGGAUUCAAUGGAUGGCGGAUGGCUGUCAUUUUCAAGAAAAAUUGCCAGGGUUCUUACAUCAGUUGGGACCAAAACAAAAUGGCGACGUGUAACUGCCAGUCGCCAUUUUUAAAUUUUAAACUGUCAUUUUUAUUUCUAGGAAUAAUAAUGUCACGUGGACGUAAAUUUGACUAACUGUCAAAAUGGUGGGUGACAUGUAAAAUAAAAUACUCUUAUUUAUCUUGGAAUAAAUUAACACUGUGUCUUGAUUUUCGUUUUUCUUAAAUAUCUGGAUAUUCACCAGAUUUUUUUAUGGCAUGUAGCCAUUUUUAAAUUUUGUUUUGUCAUUGUCAAACUCAGUAAUCAUUAUUAAUUUUUUAACGUAAUUUUGACAGUUCUGCCAAAAUGGACGAUGGCCAUGACCCAUCAUGAAACAAAACACUAAAAGUUGACCAUGAUUUUAGAUUUUCUCGAAUAUCUAUUGAAAUUUAAAACGUAUGUGAUUAUUUGAGCGGUUGAAUGUUUCAAAAUUGCGGAUCGCUGCCAUCUUGGAGAAAAUGUCCAACGUUUUUACGUCCUACUCCUUGAGAUCAAAACAAAAUGGCGACUUACAACUGUCAAUAGCAAUUUUUAAAUUUUGCACCCGGGUAUCAACACUCAUUUUUUUUUUUAAGUUAAAUGUGACAGAUUGAAAAAAUCACGAACGGUUGCCGUCUUGGGAAAAAUUUAUUUACGUAUAUAUUUUUAUAACGUCAUCGGGUAUAACCAAAACAAAAUGGCGAGGGGUGCAGCUGUCAUUUUUAGGCCCACAAGUCAAAAUUCAUUAUUUGACAUUUUCGACUGUCAAAAUGACUGAUGGCGGCCAUCAUAAUUUUGGAUAUCUAUGAAAAUUUAGAAAGUACGUAAAUUUGACAGUUGCACGUUUGAAAAUGGCGGACGGCUGCCAUAUUGGAAAACAUUCAUCAAGAUUCUUACGUCAUCGCUUGGAAUUAAAACAAAAUGGCGACUUGUGCAUGAUCAUGAGCCUUCUUGGACCAGAAAAUUAAAAAUUGGCCAUUAUUUUGAUUAUUCUAAAUUUCUCAAGGCACUAAAAAUUACGUGAAAUGCCUCGAAUAAAAUAAAAAAUGUCUUUAAAAUUUCUGAAAUGCCUAAAUAACUACGUCAAAAUAUUUGAAAUAAAAUGGAAAAUAACUACAAAUUCCUGCACGAUAAGAGAAAUUAUUUCAAAUUUCUCGAGACUAAAAAACGAUUUCAAUUUCCUAGACGAUAUAAGGAAUUAUUUCAAAUUCCUGAAAUGAAAUAAAAUAUUACUAAAAAUUCCCUGGAAUAUAUAAGUUUGGAAUAAAGUAAAAAUGCCUGGAAGGUAUGAAAAAUUCGAGGAAUAGAUUUAAAUGCCUGGAAGAUACGAGAAGUUAUUUCAAAUUUAUGAAAUGCAUAAGAAACUACGUUAAUUAUAUGGAAUAAAAUAAAAAAUACAAAAUUCCUGAAAAAUACGAAAAAACAUUUCAAAUUUUUGAAAGAAAAAUUAUUCGAGGAUAUGAAAUUGAAAGGCAUAGAAAAUACCGUCAAAUGUUUGAAAUAAAAUGAAAAUGUCUGGAAGCUUACCCUUAAAAAUCCUGGAACUGGAUAUUUCUGACAAUUUAAAAUCAACGUACGUGAUUAUUUGACAGUUGCACGUUUCAAAAUGGCGGAUUUCUUUCGAUUUGAAGCAAAUGUUCACGUCACCACUUAAGAUCAAAACAAAAUGGCGACGUCGCCAUUUUUAAAUUUCGAACUGUCAUUUUCAAAUAUCUCAAAGAAUCAUUAUUACUCCUUUGCCUUAAAUUUGACAGUUCUAACUGCCAAAAUGACAGGUGACGGCCAUCUUGAAAAAAAAUUAUUUCGUCAUUGUUCACAAACAAAAUGGUAAGGUGUGCUGUCAUUUUUUAUUUCUUUAACGUAAAUUUGACAGUUCUGUCAAAAUGGUAGAUGAUAUGAGCUAUCUUGGACCAGGAAAUUAAAAGUUAACCAUGAUUUCUGAAUUUCAGGAAUCAUCACGAAUUUUUUUACAUAGAUUUGACAAUUCUGUCAAAAUUUGGCAGAACUUUUGAAAGAGAAUUGGAUUUUGGUUAUUCUAAAUUUCUGGAAUGCAAAAGUCAAAUACGUCAAAUAUUUGAAAUAAAAUGGAAAAAACUUCAAAUUUCUGUAAUAUUUCAAAUUUGUGUAAUGCAUAAGAAACUACCUUAAUUAUAUCAAAUAAAAUAAAGAAUUCAUGAAAAAUAUAAAAUAUUUCAAAAUGGCCGAUUUCUGGUGUCCAAGUCGCAAAUGUUCACGUCAUCACUUGAGAUCAAAACAAAAUGGUGACAUUUAAUUGUCACUCGCCAUUUUUAAAUUUCAAACUGUCACUUUCAGUUCUAGGAAUUAUCCUUAAUUCCGUGACAUAAAUUUGAUUAUUCCAACUGUCAACAUGGAGGCAUUAAAUGUGACAACUUGGAAAAAUCACGAACGACAGCCAUCUUGGAAAAAAAUUCAUUACGUCACAACCAAAACAAAACGAUGACGUGCAGUCAUCAUUCAUCGACCUAGGAAUCAACACUGAUUUUUUGACGUAAAUUUGACAAAUGACAGGUGGCAGCCAUCUUGAAAAAAACAUUCAAAGUGCUUUACGUCAUUACUCAAUGAUGUCCGCCAUUUUGCACAUUCAUGGGAACCUAACGUUAAUUAUUCUUGAACGUAAAUUUCUAAAACAGUUUAGUUCUAAGUAAAUGUCAAAUGUUGAAAUUGACGGAAAUGCACGUGAUCCUUUGACAAAACUGUCAUUUGCAACGAUAACUUGAUAACGGCUGAAAAUUAUUAAGACAUACUUUUUGAACGAAACUUCCCGAACUGACCUAUAAACUGAGACACACUGUAUACACCACAAGGUGUCAGAUAUUAUUACAUAUUAUUAUAUUAAAUAGAGUAUUCUACCCCUUGUUAUUUAAUUUAUAUAGGGCCACUACACUGUAAACACCUCUUGUUAUGUAAAUAUGCCUCUGAUAACGUUAAUAACUUAUUUCUGUUGUAAAUAUGAUUUGAAUAUAAUUUUAGUUUUUAUUUUGCUCCUUUUAUUCCUUAGGCCAAAGAAACGGUUGUAAAAGUAGAUGAUUUAUUACACUAAAUUCCACCUAUCACUAGAUACAGGGAGGCCCAACGAACCCGCAUUGGGGCUCCCCUACCUAUAAUUGUGUCACGCAAACGUUGUACUUCGAAGCUUCCAUAAAGUAGCAUGUAAAUAGGGUAAAUUGUUACAAAAAAAAAUAAACAAAAUUUAGUAAUAAGAGCAUUUAUACCUACUACCUGAUGAUGUCAGCACUUGUGACAAUAUUCCCCAAACCCACCUACAAUAUGAUAUUCGCGUAGCUUUACUAUAUAAUAAAUAAUAAUUAUGUGUAAAAAAAAAACAAACGAUUGUUUCUUGUUAUCAUAUUUAAACAAAUGACUGUUCAUUUUUGUGCCUCCUGAAUAACUAUCAUGAUGUGAAUAAACUUGGUGUAAACUUUA